UUUCAUGAUUUUGCUUGGAGUAUAAAGAGGGAAGCAGUUUUUAAGCGGUUGGUAGUUCUUUCGACGCCCUGGCCUGGUACGUUAGUGAGAGAGACAUCUCUGAAACCAUGACGAAGAUUUAUUUACUUAUUUCUUUGGUCAUUCUACUGUUCGUGAAUGUGUGUUGGUGCCAGUGCCGUUGGGCAAACUGGCAGGGCUCGUUUGACAGAGCAGGAUGGUCCAAGUGUGGAUCAACUACUGAAUACCUGACAGGUUUUUAUCGAAACUCUAAGAGUGCAAGCGACCCUAUUCAUCUUCUGGAUAAGGGAAACUGCUGCAAUGCUCCUGCACCAAACCAGAAUCGGGCUUCAACGUGCCAAAACGCAAACUGGUGGAAACAGUUGGACAGGAAUAAUGAAUGGGCAUUUUGUCCGACAGGAUACUUCUUGCAGGGAUUAUACCGCACUAGUAACCACAACAUUCACAACAUUGAGGAAGGUCGUUGCUGUAAACCCAAUAACCUGCCAAACAGCUAUCUCCACUGUUACACUCACGACGUCAGCAAAUCAUUCGACAACAAAGGCUGGAGUAAAUGCGACAGCCAAUACUACUUGAGGGGCUUUUACAGGGGAGGUUGCGAUAAGUUGCACUGCAUAGACCAAUUCCAGUGUUGCAUGAUGUAUGAUGGCUGCAAAUUUGCGAAUUGGUGGCAAAGUUUUGAUAGAAAAGGCUGGGCCCAGUGCGACUCUAAGCAAUAUAUCACUGGACUUUGGAGAAAUGUUAACUUGGGCUCAAGAGAUCAAAUCUACUUAUUGGAGGAAGCUAAGUGUUGUUCAGCUCCUGCUCCAUUCCAGAACGUCCAAUCGACAUGUAGAGAAGCCAAUUGGUGGAGUGUUCUUGACAAAACAAACACGUGGGCGGUCUGUCCACUUGGUUACUUCCUACGAGGCUUCUACCGAAAUGACGGUGCUUGGCUGCAUCACAUUGAGUUGGGUAAAUGCUGUAAGCCGAACACUUUCCCAGACAGGUAUGAAGACUGCUACACCGAGAAUGUCCGCAUUUCGUUUGACAAAAGAGGUCUCAGCCAAUGCAAAAGACAAGGAUACUAUUUAGCCGGAAUUUACAAAGGAGGAUGUGACAAACUGUUCUGUAUAGAGUCUUUCAAAUGCUGUAGGAUGAAUAUAGAUGAAUGCAGAAUUAAAAAUCCUUGUCUUAACGGUGCAGUGUGCUCCGACCGACCAGGAAGUUACAAGUGUACAUGUAAAUCAGGAUAUCGAGGAAAAAAUUGCGAAAACGACAUAAACGAAUGUACGAACAAUCCAUGCAAGAACAGAGCAAACUGUGUCAAUCUCAAAGGAAAUUACCGCUGUGACUGUAAAGCUGGAUAUACCGGAAAGAACUGUGAAACAGAUAUAAACGAAUGUGCAAAUAAGCCAUGCAAAAAUGGAGCUGCCUGUAUCAACCUCUCAGGAACAUAUCGCUGUAAUUGUAAAUCUGGAUACAUUGGAAAGCACUGUGAAACAGAUAUAAACGAAUGCAAUAAUAAUCCAUGCAAGAAUGGAGCGACCUGCGUAAAUCUUCCAGGAAGUUAUCGCUGUAAUUGUACGCUAAAAUUCCGUGGUACUCGUUGCGACAUCUUAGCAGCACCCACCGAUCAAUGCGAGGACUAAUCUGAAUACUAUCGAAGUGUGUUACUCGCCAGUUCUUCCAAGGAUUGAAGAAACAAGAAAAUUGUCCACAAUUGAAAUCUUAAGUAUGAAACAUGUAAUUGAAU